AUGGAAGGUGUCUUCUCCCUCCCUGUAGCCGCCAGAACUGAUUUUAUCCACUCUCUAGUGCAAUCUUUUGGCUGCAGUUACAUUUGUCUAUGGGAAUAUGAUUCCAUUUCACCCAAUCGCUUGUCCUUCUUGGAUGGCUUCUACAAUGUAAGAAACAACCAACCAAGCUCUAGUUUGGGCACUGUACCACAAAGGCUUUUCAAUCAGUUCCGGAGUUUAACAUUUGAUGUUAAUGAUGACCGUGUUCCUGGACUAGCUUUUAGGAAUCAACGUCCUUACGUAGAGUUGCAACAAUUAGAACUUCUGAGACUGGCCUCCACAGAAAUACAAGCACAAUUCUUUCAGGAAGCAAGGAUUAAGACUGCUGUUUUCAUGGGGUGUAACAAAGGGGAAAUUGAGCUUGGUUUCUUAAAUAUGUCCCAAGUUGACAUUCAAGCAGCACUUAGGAGUUUGUUUCCUGAAGAUUUUUCUAGACAGUCUCAACAAAUUGAUCAAAACCCACCUUCAUCAUCUUCAUCUUCUUUGAGAUCAAUAUCCACAGGAAGCCCUGAAUACUCAUCUCUGCUAUUCAGUAUUCCUGCCACUUCUCAAUCACACUUUCCAGAGACCCUUGGAGGAGUAGUGCCCCCAAUGCAACCUGUGCCAAACACAGCCACUAGCCAACACCACCAAGCCAUCCAAGCAUUGGCACAAGUAGUCCCUCCAACCCAGUUCCCCACAUCAGAAAAUGAUGCAAUCAUGAGAGCAAUCCUCCAUGUUCUAUCUCCACCUUCUUCUCAUCAGCAUCAAAAUUUGCCUUAUGCUUCUGUUGUGCAUCCAGAAGCUAGUGCUUUCCAAAGAUAUAGACCAGACUUAGGCCCCAAUAUGACACCCCAAAUGGGGUCCAAUUUCAGAAGGCAAAGCCUUAUGAAUAGAUCAUUUGCAUUUUUUAGAAGCUUAAAUUUUAUGAGAAUGAGAGAACGCAUUCAAGCAACUUCCCGUCCCACUAAUACCCAGCUUCAUCAUAUGAUAUCAGAAAGAAGAAGGCGUGAGAAAUUAAAUGAAAAUUUCCAAGCACUUAGAGCACUACUUCCUCCAGGAACAAAGAAAGACAAAGCGUCAAUACUAACAACAGCAAAGGAGACAUUGAGCUCUUUGAUGGCUGAAGUUGAUAAACUAAGUAAAAGAAAUCAAGAGUUGACAUCAAUUUUACCAGCCAAAGAAUCUACAACGACUGCUGAAACCAUGGCUAGUUUAUCAUCAAAUGAAAGAUUAAAUGUCCGAGUUUCACAUGUACCAGAAUCAAGCUCAUCUGAAGAGCGAAUGGUGGACUUGCAAGUGAAUGUGAGAGGACAAAUUUCUCAAAUUGACAUAUUGAUUAGCUUAUUGGAAUUCUUAAAACGGGUUCAUCACGUGAACUUGGCUUCCAUGGAUGCAAACACCCAUAAUAUUGGAGAAGGAAAUGCCCUUCAUCGUCUAACCUUCAGACUAAGUAUCAUUCAGGGAAGUGAAUGGGACGAGGCUGGUUUCCAGGAAGCAGUGAGAAGAGUGGUUGCUGACUUCCUACAGAACCAAGUGGACCAUUAACUUUGAC